AUGGCUGUGCACACAAGCAACGACAAUCUCCAGACCAAGCCCAUGCCCGAGGCAAGGCGCAAGCUGCCGCGCUGGUUCAAACGCCGCCUCGAGCUGCGCGUGCCCAUGAUCCAGCUGCGAUGCGCCCUUGCCCACAUCAGCCGCAUCCGCGCCGACUCCGAGGGCAUCGACAUUGAUGACUUCAACCGCCAGGUCGCCAAAGACAUGGCCCACAACUACGUCGAGACACAAGGCUUACCUGUGGCUUCCGUUUUCAAGCCGACGCUGCGCAUCGAGCUCGUCCCGCCGAGUGCCCAGACUCCCUGCCCGAAGAACCUCGAGGCGACGCUCGCGCACCUCGCUGAGGAACAGUUCAUGCCAACCUGGCAUGCCCAGGAUCUUCUUCUCCAUGGCGACGCCCCCUUCGGCUGCCUCCUCGUCAACCAUGAACCCUUACCCGCGACACCCAACAUGCUCCUCCACUGUGAGCUGUAUUCCGCCCUAUCGCUCCUCCGCCGUCGCGUCGACAACCUUGAGGACGAGGGUCGCCCGGAAGAGACGCCGCAUGAGCUUGCACCCCCGGCCGUUAUAGUCACUAUCGCCCAGGAGAAGCUGGCCACUCCCGCAGAGGACAAUGAGAUUGAUCUCACCGCCCCCGAGCACGAGUUUAUUCCUCCCAGGCUAUGUGUGCGUACCAUCCGCGCGUCGUUCGAAGACGUCCCGCUUCCCAGGGACAGCGACACCGAGUUCGUCCUAAAGAUCGAGGUCGGCAAGAUACUCGACAUGACGGACGUGCACCGUGUACAUGAAUGGACGGUCGAGGACCGCGCACGCUGGGUCGAUAAAGUCGGCGUACUAAUGCGCCACGUGUUGGACCCGCGUCUUGGUAAGGCGGCGGCGACGGAGCAAGAGAUGCUGGAGCAGGAGAAGACGUCAGAGAGCCUGUCAGAGAGCUCGGAGACGCCAACCCAUGUCGCGUCCGAGGAGGCUGAGUCGAGUAUCCCCGAAGUGAGCUUGUCUCUUUACCGGGAGAUAUGA